AUGGCUGGAGUAUUUGGUGGAUAUGAGGAUGAAGAGGAAGAUGUUCUUGCACCAAAGGAGCCUCAGGUUUCAUCUCAAGAUCCUAAUGAACGGAAAGCAGCUAGGGCAUUACGAAUCAAACGCCGCCAGGAGGCACUGAAGAGGGCUGAUCAACCUUCUGAAGACGUUUUCAAGGAGGAAGAUCCAGGGCCUAUAGAGCAGGCGACAUCUGCUGCCGCUGAAGAGUUGCAGCGCUUAGCAUUAGACGGAGCCGCUAAAGUAACAAAUGUUAAAGUCACUACAGACGAGCGAGAAGUUAUUCGCAGAUCGCUAUUCUCUGAUAAAAUGAGAGAUUCAAUGGCUAAAAUAGAGGCAGAAGCAGCUGAAGCACAGCUGCAAUAUGAUGCUAUAACUUCUAAUUGGGACGCGAUGCUAGCACUAAAGGAUCCAUUAGACAUAGACGCAGAAAUAAAUGAACAAAGAAUGAAAUGCCAAGAUUUGUUGGAACAAAAGGAUAAUUUAAUUAAUGAAUUAAAACAAGAUUUGAAUAGAAUGGAUAAUGCAUAUUAUGAAGAUUUAGAAAAACAGGAUAAAGAUAUCAAAGAACUCUCAGAUAGAAUCGAGAAACAAAUAACAAUAAUGCAAAGGGCUUAUGAAAAACAAUUAUUUCUCAUAGAACAAGCCAUAAAUAUCGAACGUGAAGUAAUGGUAGAUUACAACAACAAGCGAUGGGAGGCGCUGUACAAACAGCGCGACCGAGAGGAAGUCGCUCAUAUGGAAUAUACGUUUAAGCAGCUCGAAGAACAUAAAGAAGAAAUGGAAUCUAUCAUGUGGGACCAUCACGCCAAGUAUCGUGAAGCCAAAAUAGAACUGGAAACAUUAAUUCAAGAAUUGCAAAAGGAAUUGGAAAAAUUAAAAGCGACUUGUAUAAUUAAUACGGAAAAAAUUGGAUAUAAUUAUCAGGUGUUAAAGAAAAGAGAAGAGGAAAACGUUUUCGUGCGAUCACAACAAAAACGAAAGCUAAAUAAAAUGUCGGAUAUAGCAAACGCUCUUCGAGCCAAAAUUCGUAAAGCGGCGGAAGAUGGCGCCACCGAGGAGAUUAGAGCGGACGCGGAAAUAGUGAAGCUAAUGCAGGCAAUGGCUGAUCUAGAAAAGAAAUGCAAACAUUUUUCGCAUGUGAACAAUUAUAAAUUCAGUCAGGUGUGGCGUAUGUCCGCGGCGCGUUGCGCGGAGCUCUCCCGGCGGGUGCGGCACGCGGAGGUGGCGCUGCACGCGCACCUCCUGGCCGAGCCGCCGCCGCCGCCGCCGCCGCCGCCGCCGCCCACCAGCCCGCUCUCUAAAUAUGAAUCUAAAGUACCCACUUCUGACUGCACGUUGCAGUGUAAAGAUUUAAUUAACCCCAAAAAUGUUGGUGUGAAAGAAGCUAAGGACAAACUGAUUCGUCAUAUUCUUCAACUGGUUGCGGACAACACCGGAUUUUUAAUAGAAGACCGAUUAUUGAAACUCAUCGAUAAAUAUCCUUUGACUUCAAGAAACCUUUGCACUUUAGAUUCUAUUUUUAUGGCUUUGGAAAUUCAAUCAGAAGAAGAUAUCGAGUUAUUAUGUAAAAUAUUUCUAAAUUAUGCAUUUUGCCCAAUAUGUGUCGGACUUGAAGCCGCGUCGGAGAUGAUGGAACCUUCAACAUUUGCAGUUGAAUCACAAGAAGAGUCUCACCAUGUCAGUUUAAGCGCUAAAGUAAUAAGAGGUGAAAGAUCCUCCACAAGAGUACGUUCCAGCGUGGCUAGGAGCAUAUCUGCGAGCACUUCUCGCUCAAUCCAUGUGGGAUUCAGACCUCAUGACUUGUCUGCUGCUGAUCAGCUUCUGAUGGCUGAAGCCGAUGAGAUAUUACAAAAAUGUGGCGAUCCUAAAGUGACGUUGGUCGCCGCGGAGAGCACGUCGGAGGUGUCGGCGCGGCGCGCGCGCGGCGUCACGGUGGCGCCGCAACCUACGCUCGUGUCCCCUAAAAAAUCUAACCCUUUCUUGUGCCCGCUUGGACAUAACUUGGAAAUUGAAUCAAUGCAAGUGUUAACUGCGCUUAAUGAAUUUAUGGCGGUAUUUGUUCCACCCGAGAAAAAGAAACUUUAUGACAUAUUGGACAGUGUUAAACCACCAGACUUUACUACUCCGUCACGUCAACUGACUUCUCAAGAAAUAGAGCAAUAUUGGUCUCAGUGGCAGCAGUUGUUUCCAACUGAGAAAGAUAGAUUCUGGGAUGGACUGCUCACUGGUCUUAAUAAUUAUUUAACAGUUUUACAGGAACGGGAGCGUAUCCACGAAGACGUGGUACAUUUGCGUCAACGCAACGCCGCCUUACGACGGCUAGUUCGAGGCGCGUUGCCCGACUUGCCGGCACUACGCUACUCAAGUUCUCGUCCCGCCUUUACCGCGCCAGCUCCGGACCUCGCACCUCCACCUUAUGCAAAAUUGCCUCCCAUA